UUGGCCUGGCAAGGACAUCUAGGUCCCUACUAUCACUUGCCUGGACAUCUUCAUAGGAAGGCUCUUGGGCAUCCGAGGAGGAGAUGGAGCCGGCGAAUACUUUACAUCAAGACGGCGAGUCCAAAGGAGGUGUUUUAGCUCACUUGGAAAGACUAGAGGCUCAAGAAAACAGAUGCCAUAAACAAUCCAAAGAGCCUCAGAAAGUGCAGGGAGUGGAAAGUGCUCUUGGAACUGAGAUUCAUAAGCUGAGACGUCUGCGAGACAAGCUGAGGGCUGAACUGAAGCAGCGGCGAGCCAGAGUUAAAGCAUCUACUGCCAAUGCAAAACCCAACCAAACAAUGGAGAUCAGUGAGCAAGAAGUUUUAGAAAGAAAACAGGAAAAUAUGAAAGCCACUCUGCAAGCAUAUCGUUUUACAGGGCUCAGUGGUAAACAGACUAGCCGUGGAGUCUGUGUCUGCAUCAGCACUGCUUUUGAAGGGAACCUACUGGAUUCCUAUUUUGUGGACCUUGUCAUACAGAAACCACUCCGGAUACAUCACCACUCGGUCCCAGUCUUCAUUCCUUUAGAAGAUAUAGCUGCAAAAUACUUACAGACUGAUAUUCAGCACUUCCUGUUCAGUCUCUGCGAGUACCUAAAUGCUUACUCUGGGAGGAAGUACCAGGCAGAUCAACUUCAGAGUGACUUUGCAGCCUUUCUGACUGGGCCCUUGCAGAGAAACGCACUGUGCAACUUGCUGUCAUUUAGUUACAAAGUGGAUCCGAAGGGUCAGUCUUUCCCGUUUUGUGCUAGAUUGCUGUAUAAGGACCUCACAGUCACUCUUCCAACUGACGUCACCAUUACAUACCAAGGGACGGAAGCAUUAUCCACUUUGUGGGAAGAACAGCGAGCAUCCCAUGAAACCCUUUUCUGUAUGAAGCCCUUACAUCAAGUGUUUGCUUCAUUUGCAAGAAAAAGAGAGAAGCUGGAUAUGAGCCUGAUCCCCUAAAAUAUUAUUUUCAUUGGAAACAUGUCAGAAGUGAGUAAACAAGUACUGUACACAGUCCCAAGCAGGGUCCUGGGACUGAAAACUGUUGAAAGGCUCAGAUUCCUUGCCUGGGGAUCAUCCUUGUGGUGAGAACGGACACUUAGUUCUUCAUCAGCUUAAGGAGCAAGUUUGAGUCCGUAGACCUUGGUGGUGUUGGACAGUUCCCAUGAUUGUCUGGUCAUUUGUUAUAAUGCUUAAGAUCAUCUGUUCUCUUGAGGUAUGAUUGAUUUGAUCAUACAUUUUAGCUGAAACUCAGAAUGGUUUGUGGGGCAAUAGAAAACAUUUUGUGAAAAAGGGAAGGGUGUAUUGCUCACUAAAGAGUAUUUCUAGCUUUUAUGGGAGGUUAAAGUAAUUCUGCUUCAUUUUCCUUUCUGAGACUUUUGGAAAGGAAGUUCUUAGAAUACUCCAGGUUCAUGAUAGAUGAGGUAGAUCAUAUAGUUAAGAUAGGAAGUGUAUUUAAUCUUGGGUUUGGAGUAGUGUAUUCUAGGCCAGUACUUUAUAAAGAAUAUGAUGUGAAAAAGUACUACAGGUAAAAUAAUCAGGGUUCUAUGUAUCUAAUAUUUUGUUUCUUGAGACAUUUUUAUAGAGUGCUGAAUGUCUUAGCUGUGAAAAAGCAUGCUUGGAAAUCUGCCCAUCAACUCAGUCGUUGUUGCAGAGGGAAGCAGACCCUCCCCCCUUUGUGUCUUCCCUCUCCUUCAGGCUCUAGGCUGUGGCUGCACAAUCUUCCCCGUCUCUUAGUCCAUUUAGGGUACCGUUUCUCCCUGUAACCCUGGGCCUCUGAUCUGCUGGCACUUCUUUCUUGUCUCGUGGAGGUAUGUGUAGGGCUAGUUCACAGGUGUGAAAACUUGUGUCUGGCUGGCCACGUUCUCCCAUUUCAAUUCCUGUUCCUCCUCUGCCCAGGCACAGAUAGGACUCAUUACUACCAUUACUGCCCAACACCCACAGCUGCAUUCAGACUUCACUCUGAAAUGAUCACUUCCCAGACCUCAUGAUCAUGAAGUAACCUCCAUGUGUGGGGGGAGCUCCAGUGAACUCUAGGAAGAGCACAGGGGAUGGGAAAGCCAGCUUGGACCACCCUUUGAAAGAAAACAGCUUAAGAAUAAGAGAGGUCUUAGUUUAAGCUCUUGCCUUCCAGACAUGUGGUGGGGACCAUACAUGAGCAUGAGUUAGCAAAGCAUUCAGCACUUCUCAGACAAGAAGUAUUAAUAGAUCUCCACAAUGAUCACAUUCAAGUUGAAUAAAGCUUUUAAUAAAA